CCAAGUCAGUGCUGAGAUGAGAGUAGACUUCAGGAUCCUUCCCGCUCCCACCACAUCCUCUCCUGAGUCUCAGCCUCCAAGACCUGCACUGAUGGUGGCACUCAAAGCAGUGAGAGCAGAUCUCCCUCGUUGCAUUACUUCUUUGUGAGCCCUGCGCAGCGCUGCAGGAUACAGGAUCUGAUGAUCUCCAUUCCUAGCAGGGCGUGUACCUCUGCCCUCAAAGGGUAAAAGCUGGUGUAAGUGUUGUCAAAUAAUGAGUCACCCAUGCUGGAUGUUGGACGGCGUGGCAGGCACUGGGACUGCUGGGACGCUGCAUCUGCAGCCCUUACCAGAAGAGAAAUCAGGAAAUAACACGGGAGCUCUUUCUGGGAGCAUGCCCUUGAAAAUAGAGCUUUGAUGCUCCCUAUGACAGCAAAUUUAUGCUCCAGGAGUCCGGCUACAGGUGACAUCGUUGUCCCCAAGCCCUGCAUGGACACUGCUGGGAGGUGGCAGCAGGAGAAGACAGGGAGUCCCUGAUGUGCUGACGGCCAACCAUGUCUGGGAAGCAUUGGCUCCCAGGGACACAGUGUGUCACCAAGCAUAACCACACCAAGCCCAAGCCCCAGGAGCUGGCCUUCCACAAGGGCGAUGUGGUCACCAUCAUUGAGGCCGUGGAGGGCAAAGGCUGGUACCACGCCAGACACAACGAGACGGGGCAGGAGGGGCUGAUGGCAGCCAGCGCGCUGCGGCAACGGGGCCCCAUCCGCGCCGACCCCAAGCUCAGCCUCAUGCCUUGGUUCCAUGGGAAGAUCUCGGGGGUGGAGGCAGUGCAGGAGCUGCAGCCCCCUGAGGAUGGGCUGUUCCUGGUGCGCGAGUCUGUGCGGCACCCAGGGGACUACGUGCUGUGCGUGAGCUUUGGCAGGGAGGUGAUCCACUACCGCGUGGUGCACGAGGAGAACACACUCAGCAUCGACAGCCAGCAGCGCUUCUCCAACCUCAUCGACAUGAUCGAGUACUACAUGAAGGAGCAGGGAGCCAUCUGCACCAAGCUGGUGAAGCCCAAGCCAAAAAGCGGGAUGAAGUCAGCCGAGGAGGAGUUGGCCAAAGCUGGCUGGCUGCUGAACCUGCAGCAUCUCACGCUGGGAGACCGCAUCGGGCAAGGCGAGUUUGGAGAUGUGCUGCAGGGUGAGUACAUGGGGCAGAAGGUGGCUGUGAAGAACAUCAAAUGUGAUGUGACCGCCCAGGCCUUCCUCACUGAAACUGCUGCCAUGACGAAGGUCAGGCACAAAAACCUGGUGUGUUUGCUUGGUGUCAUCCUGCACAACGGCCUCUACAUCGUGAUGGAAUUCAUGAGCAAGGGCAACCUGGUGAACUUCCUGCGCACACGGGGCCGGGCGCUUGUCCCAACCGAGCAGCUCCUCCUCUUUGCUCUGGACGUGGCUCAGGGCAUGGACUACCUGGAGUCCAAGAAGCUGGUGCACAGGGACCUGGCUGCCCGCAACAUCCUCAUCUCUGAGGAGAGCGUGGCCAAAGUGAGCGAUUUUGGCUUGGCCAGGGUCAAUCCUAAGGGUGCAGAUGCCACUUUGCUGCCUGUCAAGUGGACGGCCCCAGAGGCCCUGAAACACAAUGUGAGUCGGCUUCAGCCUCCCCUCCUUCUGCUGCUGCAGAAAUUCUCCUCCAAGUCAGACGUGUGGAGCUACGGAGUCCUCCUGUGGGAAACCUUCUCUUUCGGCCGCGUGCCCUACCCCAAGCUGAGCCUGAAGGAGGUGACGGAGCUUCUGGAGCAGGGGUACCGCAUGGAGCCCCCUGAGGGCUGCCCCCACACCGUCUAUGCCCUGAUGAAGAGCUGCUGGGCGCUGGAGCCGGGCAAGAGGCCGUCCUUCAAGAAGCUCACUGAGAAGCUGCAGAAGGAGCUGAAGCACCUGAGGGAUGUUUAACCACUGUCUCCUCCCAGGACCUGUGGCCAGAAGCCCCCUGGACCCACCAGGGUUGGGACUAUCAUCACAACAUACAUCCCAUGGGGUGUGGGUCCCUUCGAGCUGCCCAUCCCCGUGACAGGGACAGGACGGAUCAUCUCCACCCACUGGAGGAUGGAACCUGAACCCUGAAGCAGCCCCGCCCCAGCUACUGCCUGCAGCAGCUGAACCACACGGAUCUGGGCUUUUUUGAUUAAAGCAAAGGAAUUAAUUCAACA